UGUGAAGGAAAUUGACUCAUUUAGGGUUUAGCAGAGCAGAGAGAAUAAUAAAGAGCUGACCUUUAUUCAUAUACUAUUUUAAUGGCUUUUGUGAGUAAAAAAUCAAUCUUUAAAGAGUUUUAAGAGAGAGAAAUGAAAAAAAGGAAGAAGCCAACUACCGAGUUGACUGCGUAAUAAUAUCCAAUCAUGGAGACACGCUUUUCUUGCUGGCUGUUGUUUGUUGAGGUUGAGAUUAAGGACGAAGAUGAAUAUGAUGGUGCUGUAAAUAGCCAAAAUAAAAAACAUUAAACACCCUUUCCUUAUUUAUUUAUUUAUUAUUAAAUUUAAUUUAAUUCCCCAUUUUUAUAGCCAUAUUUUAUGAGAUUAUUCCUCUUGUCUGAUCCAUUCCAUUCCAUUUUUACUACUCUCUCUCUCUGUACAUCUAUCUAUUAUUCUUUCUUGGCUGGAUCAUUUGAUAUAUGUAAAACCAAAGGUGUUAUUCCCAUCUGGGUUUUUUUUUUCUUCUUUGUAGAUUUUGAUUCUCCAAAUGGGUACUGGAGAUUCUUACUUUUGAGUGGAAAUCUCGAUGUGGGUAUUCUCAAGAUUUCAUUUUUAAGGGGAAUAUCUGGGGACCAGGAGAAGAUUCUAAAUUCUUUCAUGACUGGUUUCAGAGAUUAGGAUUCUCUAUUUGAGAAAAAGUUUUGGAAUUGAUCAGUCUUCUGACUAUUUUGUUUGAUAUGACAUUUUUGUGAGUUUCAUUGGAAAAGAGAUUGGAUUUCUCUCUUUUGUGUUUUUUUUUUUAUUUUUGGUUUCUCGAAGUUGACGAUAUUAAUUUAUUCAUUAACUCAUUUGACAUUGUUGUCAAAAUCUUUUCUUCUUCUUCUUCUUCAUUCUCUGUCUGUUGUUUUGUUUUUUUAUUCAAUUAGAGAACACAUUGUUCUCUCUCUUUCGUUAGGAAUUAUAUGGUUAGUGAGGUCCUAACCGAUGUAACCAAAUAGCUUUCUUAUGUACGAGGAAAAAAAAUAUUAAAAAGAAACUGUUGUGAGAGGGUGGUUACUGGUUUGGUGCAAAGGAAGAAUUUUGUUACACAAAAAGGUUACUUUUUUAUUCAUAUUUUUUUAGUACCCUUUAUCUAAAACUUUUGGGAUGGAUUAAAGAAGUGGUUGUUGGUGUUCUUCCCUUUUGAUGUUCCAUUCAAGAGAUAUAAGGAGCUCUUUCUUUCUACUCAGCCAGAAGAAAGCUUUAAUACCAUAACAUAACCAUUACUCAAUGAAAUUUCUAAGCAUUGUGGGGAAUUCCUUUGGAUGUUCAGCAUCUGGGGAACGUUUAGUUUCAGCUGCUAGAGAUGGUGAUCUCCAAGAAGCCAAGGCUUUGUUGGAAUGUAAUCCAAGGUUGGUUAGGUACUCCACUUUUGGUGUUCGAAAUUCUCCUCUUCAUUACUCUGCAGCUCAGGGUCACCAUGAGGUAGUUUCUCUGUUGAUUGAGUCUGGAGUAGAUAUUAAUCUGAGAAAUUAUCGUGGGCAGACUGCUUUGAUGCAAGCUUGUCAACAUGGUCAUUGGGAAGUUGUUCUGAUUCUCAUUCUUUUCAAAGCUAAUAUUCACAGAGCUGAUUAUCUGAAUGGGGGUACUGCUCUUCACUUAGCCUCUUUGAAUGGUCAUACUCGGUGUAUUCGCCUUCUCCUGGCUGAUUAUAUUCCUAGCUCCCCAGUUUUCGGUAAAACGUUGAGGAAAGCUGUAGACAAGGAAGAAUCUAAUCCAGAUUAUUAUAAGAAUGCUUUGUCUCAGAUUAUUAAUAGCCCUGCUGAUGGAGGGGUAACUGCUCUACAUAUGGCUGCAUUGAAUGGCCACAUUGAAAGUGUACAAUUGCUUCUAGAUCUAGGUGGUUCGGUUUCUGUAGUAACUGUGGAAGACGGAACUACAAUCGACCUAAUCGGUGCCGGAAGCACAGCUCUACAUUAUGCUGCAUGUGGUGGAAGUGCACAAUGUUGUCAAAUUUUGAUAGCCAGGGGUGCCAGUUUGAUUGCUGAAAAUGCAAAUGGGUGGACACCGUUGAUGGUUGCACGUUCGUGGCAUAGAAAUUCGCUUGAAGAAAUCCUAAGCACGCAGCCACCAAUUCAGUCUCAAAUUUCUCUAUCGCCUUUCCUGUCUCUACCCCUUAUGAGCAUUGUCAAAAUAGCUAGAGAAAGUGGAUGGAGGAAUGGUGAUACAUUGACAUGCCAGGAUCCAUGUGUUGUUUGCCUAGAAAGACAGUGCACUGUUGCUGCAGAAGGCUGCGAUCACGAGUUCUGCACUCGGUGUGCCUUGUACCUUUGCUCCACAAAUUGCGUGACAACAGUGUCUAAUGGACCACCGGGCUCAAUCGCAUGUCCUCUAUGUCGUAAUGGCAUAGUCUCAUUUGCUAUGCUACCAGGCACAAAACCAACAAGAGUAAGGGAAAUCGCGAGAACAAGUUUGUCCCUAACAUUUUGCACAUGCACAAGUGAGGCAGCACUAGCAGCUGCUGACUCCUCCUCAUCCCUAACAACACCAUUUUGCAAACCCGAGUUUCGUUGUGCACGAAUCUCCCCUCUCGGAUCCUCUUUCAGAUCCUUGAGUUGUCAAAGGUUCCCAUCAAUGAAACUCAAUUCGAGCUUUUGUAUGGGCGCCCCUGAUGUCAGUCCUUCGCUUAUUCCUGGCGAUUUAGAUAGGAAUUUGCAAAGCCAGUUGGCAACUCGGUGUUCAAGAUCGAGCUUUAGGCGAUCGAGUUCUCAUUCGGAAGGCAGAAGAUCAUGGUUUUCUGCACUCAAUCAGUAUGUAACAACCAGUAGUGGCUGCUGAUUAGUUGCCCUCUAAAAACUCUUGUUUAGUUAAUCAUUUUCAAUUUCUUCUCAGGUCUAUUAUCUAAGAUAAUAGCUGCCAUUUUUCUCUAAUAACAACUAUAUCAUGUGUGUGUAUAUAUAUAUAUUUAUAUUUAAAUUAUUAGAGUCUCCAAAAGGCAACAUAGUUAGCUAUAGCUGAUUUGGGAGACUCAUUUCCCAGUUGGGAUUUUUUACAAAACAAUUUCAUUUUCAUUCAAGAAUAAAGUUGAGUUUCUAUA